UGACACCUUCAUUCUCUCUUCAACUAAUUGUUCUCUUAUGGCUCUAAUGCACACAUUAUCAUCAUUUCCUGUCCAUUUCAACCAAACAUCAACACUUUCUCACCCCAAAAGAUUAAUUCCUCUUGGUGGUUCUAACUAUCAAUGGGGUGCCUCAAAUCUUCACUAUCAAUUCCAUUACAAACUCAACCAGGUAAGGAGAAAAACAUAUGGGAUUUAUGCAUCACUAUCAGGAAUGGGGGAGAGACCACCAACCCCACUACUGGAUACCAUAAACUACCCAAUUCAUAUGAAGAAUCUCUCUAACAAGAAAUUGAAACAACUUGCGGAUGAGUUGCGUUCAGAUAUUAUUUUCAAAGUUUCUGAAACUGGUGGUCAUUUAGGAUCAAACCUUGGUGUUGUAGAACUCACUAUUGCCCUACAUUAUGUUUUCAAUGCUCCUAAAGACAAAAUCUUGUGGGAUGUUGGUCAUCAGUGUUAUUCACAUAAAAUUUUGACUGGUAGAAGGAAUAAGAUGCAUACGUUGAGGCAAAAAGAUGGAUUAAGUGGGUUUACUAAACGCUCUGAAAGUGACUUUGAUAGUUUUGGCACUGGUCACAGCUCAACAACAAUAUCAGCAGGGCUAGGAAUGGCUGUUGGAAGGGAUUUGAAGGGAGAACAUAAUAAUGUAGUGGCAGUUAUCGGCGACGGAGCCAUGACUGCCGGACAAGCUUAUGAAGCCAUGAACAAUGCUGGUUAUCUUAAUUCUGAUAUGAUUGUUAUUCUGAAUGACAAUAAACAAGUCUCUCUACCUACUGCUGAUCUUGAUGGUCCAAUACCACCUGUUGGUGCUUUGAGCAAAACUCUUAGUAGAUUACAAUCAAACAAACAUCUUAGAGAACUUAGAGAGGUUGCCAAGGGAGUAACUAAACAAAUUGGUGAGCCUAUGCAUGAAUUUGCUGCAAAAGUUGAUGAAUAUGCUCUUGACCUAAUCAAAGGUUCUGCAUCAACACUAUUCGAAGAUCUUGGAUUUCGCUAUAUUGGUCCUAUUGAUGGCCAUAACAUUGAUGAUCUUGUUGACAUUCUCAAACAAGUUAAGAGUCCUAAGAAAACUGGUCCUGUAUUAAUCCAUGUUGUCACUGAAAAAGGCCUAGGAUAUCCAUAUGCAGAAAAAGCAGCAGACAAGUACCAUGGAGUUGCCAAGUUUGAUUAUGCUACUGGAAAACAGUUCAAGACCAAGGCUCCAACGCCGUUACUCACAACAUGCUUUGCUGAUGCUUUGAUCGCUGAAGCUGAAGUAGACAAAAACAUUGUUGGAAUCCAUGCUGCAAUGGGAGGUGGAACCGGCAUGAAUCACUUCCUUCGCCGUUUCCCUACAAGAUGUUUCGAUGUAGGGAUAGCAGAACAACAUGCUGUUACAUUUGCUGCAGGUUUAGCUUGUGAAGGUCUUAAGCCUUUUUGCACAAUUUACUCAUCCUUCUUGCAGAGAGCUUAUGACCAGGUGGUGCAUGAUGUGGAUCUACAGAAGCUGCCUGUAAGAUUUGUGAUUGACAAAGCUGGAUUUGUUGGAGAAGAUGGUCCAACACAUUGUGGUUCUUUUGAUGUCACCUAUAUGGCAUGUCUACCUAACAUGGUGGUGAUGGCUCCUUCCGACGAAGCAGAGAUUAUCCACAUGGUUGCAACUGCGGUUGCAAUUAAUGAUCAACCUAGUUGUUUCCGAUUUCCAAGGGCGAAUGGAAUUGGUGUUGAACUACCUACAGGGAAUAAAGGCAUUCCUCUCGAGAUUGGAAAAGGUAGGAUAUUGAUUGAAGGUGAAAGAGUGGCCCUUUUGGGCUUUGGAACAGCUGUUCAGAACUGUGUCACGGCAGCUUCCCUGUUGGAACGUCACGGCUUGCAUGUAACAGUGGCCGAUGCUCGUUUCUGCAAGCCGUUGGAUCGUUCCCUCAUUCGCAGCCUAGCCAAAUCACAUGAGGUAUUGAUCACUGUGGAAGAAGGAUCAAUAGGAGGAUUUGGUUCUCAUGUUGCUCAAUUCAUGGCCCUUGAUGGUCUUCUUGAUGGAAAAUUGAAGUGGAGGCCAAUGGUUUUUCCUGAUAUAUAUAUUGAGCAUGGUUCACCUAAUGAGCAAUUAGCUGAAGCUGGUCUAACAUCAUCUCACAUAGCAGCAACAGUAUUCAACAUACUUGGACAAACAAGAAAGGCGCUAGAAGUCAUGAUUGUGACAUAAAAGAAAUGAACAUGGAUUCAAUUUUGUUCAUUUCCCUCAAAGUUCAAAAUAAUUAAUAUGUAAUACUAGAACUUUGACCCAUGUAACAAUAAAAAAUAAAAUACAAAAAUCUUAUGUCUUU